AUGCGUGAAGUAGUUUCUAUUCAUAUUGGUCAAGCUGGAUGCCAAAUUGGUAAUGCUUGUUGGGAAUUGUAUUGUUUGGAGCAUAAUAUUCAACCAGAUGGAACAAGUCCUAAUCAUACUCAAACAGACGGUGAAAAAAAUGAUUCAUUUACAACGUUUUUCAACGAAACCGGAGCAGGACGUUAUGUUCCAAGAUCUGUUAUGAUUGAUCUUGAACCUACUGUUAUCGAUGAGAUAAGAACUGGAACAUAUCGUCGUCUUUUCCAUCCUGAUCAACUUAUUACUGGAAAAGAAGAUGCUGCUAAUAAUUAUGCCAGAGGUCAUUAUACUAUUGGCAAAGAAAUAAUUGAUUUAACCAUGGAUAGAAUUCGCCGUGUUGCUGAUAAUUGUACUGGACUUCAAGGAUUCCUUAUUUUCCAUUCAUUUGGUGGUGGUACUGGAUCUGGAUUUACUUCUUUACUUAUGGAAAGAUUAUCUGUAGAUUAUGGCAAAAAAUCAAAACUUGAAUUUUCUGUUUAUCCUGCACCUCAAGUAUCUACUGCUGUAGUUGAACCUUACAAUUCAAUUCUUACAACACAUACCACUUUAGAACACUCUGACUGUGCUUUUAUGGUUGACAAUGAAGCUAUCUAUGAUAUUUGUCGUCGUAAUCUUGGUAUUGAAAGACCAUCUUACCACAAUUUAAAUAGACUUAUUUCACAAGUUCUCUCUUCAAUAACUGCUUCACUUAGGUUUGAUGGAGCUCUUAAUGUAGAUUUAAAUGAAUUCCAAACUAAUUUGGUUCCUUAUCCUAGGAUUCAUUUUCCAUUGACAAGUUUUUCACCUGUUAUAUCUGCUGAAAAAGCAUAUCAUGAACAGCUUUCAGUUGGUGAAAUUACUGUUUCAGCAUUUGAAUCAUCAAAUCAAUUAGUUAAGUGUGAUCCUAGAAAUGGAAAGUAUAUGGCUGUUUGUCUUUUAUACAGAGGAGAUGUAGUUCCAAAAGAUGUCAAUGCUGCUAUUGCAACAAUAAAAACAAAAAGAUCAAUUCAAUUUGUUGAUUGGUGCCCAACAGGAUUCAAAAUUGGUAUUAACUAUCGACCACCUACCGUUGUUCCAGGUGGAGAUUUAGCUAAAAUUCCAAGAGCUGUUUGUAUGUUAUCUAAUACAACUGCUAUUGUUGAUGCUUGGUCACGUCUUAAUAACAAAUUUGAUCUUAUGUAUGCAAAAAGAGCCUUUGUACAUUGGUAUGUUGGAGAAGGAAUGGAAGAGGGAGAAUUCUCUGAAGCUCGUGAGGAUCUCGCCGCACUUGAGAAAGAUUACGAAGAAGUAGUAAUGGAUUCUAAUGAUGCAGGUGAUGAAGAAGAAUAUUAA